AAAAGAGUAAUUCAGCUUGGCUGUCACAAGAACCGUUACAGGAAAUCUUUCACAAGCCAUAAGACUUUACAACACCUCACCACUGUCUGACAGAGAGACUGCACCUUCAUGUUACCAGUUCUUCUGCACAUCACUGUAAUCUCCUUCGGGAAAGAAUUCUACCGCCCACCUAGUGUUUUCACACUACAUUACCCAGAAGCCCCGUCGGCGGUUGUGACGCUGAGUGACGCGUACGAUGGACGAAUCCGCUCAGUGGUUGGUUCGUCGCUGGGCGGGACCGUGACGCUUUAAACCGCUCCGCGGCUGCGCAGUAGCCUCCUGCGCUCACCAGCUGUAGCUGCACACGUUGACCUCAGGGGAAGAGAUGUGGAGCUUUGGACAAAUCUGCCCUUAUUCAGAACUGGACACACAAUGCUAAAGGCUAGCGUGAAGACAUUCUAAACAUUUUCCACCAACAUCGCAUCACUGCAGCCCUUCACUCCUGCCACUUCACCUCCAAACCUGCAUCUAUGUAUACCUCACGGCCUCCAGUCUUCAGUAUGUAUGAAAUUGUCCCGGUGGCUCCCGGGGACCAGAUGUCCGGGGGAAGUAGAGGCUCUCCGCGAAAAAAGAAGAAACUGGCCAACGAAGGCCGACCCCUGGUAAUGGCAGGAAUGUUAGGCUGUGCUUUGGUGCUGGCUGCUGUGGUUGCCUGGUGCUACUACUCGGUGUCGCUCCGUAAAGCCCAGCUGCUGAAGACGGAGCUAUUAGACCUCAACAAAGACGGUUUCAUCAUUCGUAACCAUGCCGGGGCUGUCAUCUUCUCCAUGACCUUCAGGUCUGGCACUCUGGACCUGGACUCCUGCUCAAAGGAGGGAAGUGUUCUGAGCUGCACCCAGUCAGAUUCUGGCAAGCUCAACUUCUUCAUCCAGACAGUUCAACUGAAGGACACGGUGAUGUGUUACCGCGUUCGCUGGGAGGAGCUGCAGUACACGCCCUUUGUGGAGCACACCAUGGCCUAUAAUGAUUCUCAUUGGUACGGUGGGGCGGAGACAGCGACGCAGUAUUGGCCUAUCAGGGUCCAGGGCGAGGAGGAACCACGGCCUUUCAUCACCAGCGACGUCUACUCCAAUCGGAACGCUUUUGGGGGUUUCCUAGAGCGCUAUUGGCUGUCGUCGAACGCAACUGCGAUCAAGAUUAACGACUCGGUACCAUUUCAUUUGGGCUGGUCGGAGAAGGACAUGACUCUCAGGUUCCAGGCCCGGUACCAGGACUCUCCCUUCAAACCACCAGAGGGCCAGCAGCCAUUACCUGAACUCAGCUACAGAGUGUGUGUGGGCUCAGAUGUGACAUCUAUUCACAAAUACAUGGUGCGUCGGUAUUUCCCAAAGCCUAUCAAGGUCCCAUCUACCGAAGUGUUCAAACAUCCGGUGUGGUCCACAUGGGCUCUCCACAAAACGUCUGUGACUCAGGAGAAGCUGCUGGACUAUGCCUCCGACAUCACCAGGCACGGCUUCACGUGCUCCCACCUGGAACUGGACGACCGCUACACCGCCGACUACGGAGAGUUUGACUUUGACCCUCAGAAGUUCCCCAACGCCAGUGGGAUGUUUGAGAAACUCAGAGAGGACGGGUUUCACGUGUCGCUCUGGACGCAUCCUUUCAUCAACUAUGACUCCAUUAAUUUUGGAACUGCCGUGGAAAAGGGUCUGUUUGUCCGCGAGCCGAGCGGCGAGCUGCCAGCUCUGGUGCGCUGGUGGAACGGCAUCGGAGGAAUCUUGGACUUUACCAACCCGGACGCUCGCGAGUGGUUCUCCGCGAAUCUGCGCAUGCUCAAAACCAACUAUGACGUGACUUCCUUCAAGUUUGAUGCAGGGGAGACGAGCUACCUCCCCCACCAGUUCAGCACCCUGGUCCCACUUUCCGACCCCUCCACCUUCACCCGCCGCUACACAGAGAUGGCCAUACCCUUCAGCGAGCGUGCCGAGCUGAGGGUGGGAUACCAGAGUCAGAACAUCUCCUGCUUCUCCCGGAUCAUUGACAGAGACUCGGUGUGGGGCUACGAGCUCGGCCUCAAGUCCAUCAUCCCCACUGUUCUGACGAUUAGCAUUCUAGGCUACCAGUUUGUCUUACCAGAUAUGAUAGGAGGAAAUGCAUACCCCAACCGCACCACAGGUGAUAAUAAAACUGGUCUGCCAGACAGAGAGCUGUACAUCCGAUGGUUGGAGCUGUCAGCUUUUAUGCCUGCUAUGCAGUUCUCUAUUCCACCGUGGGCCUAUGAUAACGAGGUGGUACAGAUAGCGCAGAAGUUCACGGAGCUUCACGAGACCCUGGUGGCCCCGAGGGUUCUCGAACUGGCGGGCGAGGUUUUGGACACGGGAGACCCGAUCAUCAGGCCCCUGUGGUGGAUCGCCAAUGACGACGAGGCGGCCUAUAAGAUCGACUCCCAGUUCCUGAUCGGGGAUGACCUGAUGGUGGCUCCGGUGUUGGAGCCAGGAAAGCAGGAGAGGGACAUCUAUCUGCCUGCGGGUCGAUGGAGGAGCUACAAGGGGGAACAUUACGACAAAGGCCCCAUUCACCUCACUGACUACCCCGUGGACCUGGACGAGGUGGCUUUCUUUACAUGGGUUCACUGAAGACGCUAAACGGUUGAAGACACAUGCAUACACGCACACAAACACUGUAUGCUGUGUCUACUUUCUUUGGGGCACACAUGUCAAGAAAAAGCAGGAGAUGUUUGUUCGUUUUUUAAAGGGAAAUGACCAGCAGGGGUCUGUUUGCACAGCAGAGUGUGAUUUUUGGUAAAGGUUAACUUCACAUCUCCUCUGACCUGCUCCUUAUCUGAACUUCUGCGCCUGCAGAUUAGAGAAAAGAGAAUCGCCUGUUCACUCCUGCUUCUCUCGUUCCAUCCUUAAGCUGACCCUCAUCCUCAUGUGCCUUGCACAAUAAUAAAACCGAUCUCCGAUUGUAUCAUCAAUCAGUCAGCAGUCUUCCAACUAAAGGACAUCUAGAUAACUUUGAAGCCUGAGUCGCAUAGCUAGACUGUUAUUUUUUUUGGUGUAGGGAAAGAGUUGGGUUUAACUCCUGUGAUUUUUUUUGUUUUUUGAUGACAGAACAAUAACUGUGGCAUCAAUUAUCCGUAUUGUAGUUUGACAGUGUUGGGCACUGAACCGGCAAUAGAUAUGCACUCUGACUUGGACACAUGCACCCCUCCUCAGAGGGCAUGCCUAACCUCUGGUCACCAUGGAAACUGAUGUAUUGUGAAUUUACGUUCUCAACUACCUAUUAAGCUAAUGUGCAUUACUUUUACAUUAAUGCAAAAUAACACAAAUUAUUAAUUUGUAUUAAUGAAUAUCAGUGCCAAAUCUUAAAAAAAAUUAAUAGAAGAAAUCUACUGUUUUAUGCUUUUCAUCUCAGGGUAGAUAAAAAAAAACAACUAAAAACAUUUGUUAUAUUACAAAACAUUUUGUUGCUCCACAGAAAUGUAUUAUACAACUGCUACUGGCUUGCCUUGUAAAACAAGAAAUGUUAUCAAAUGACAUAAUAUUAAUGCGCCGUCCAUGUCUGCCUUGACUUUAAUUUGCCUUAUCAGCUGAACUAAUGUAUGCCAGCCUUGGCACAGAGAUCCAGUGUGGUACUAGAACACCUACUUUGGUCACAUGGUGAUUUGCUUGACGCACUGCACCUUUAUGUUUUGAAUAAGUGACACUGGGAAUGAGACAUCUGCCAUUUAAACAUACUGUACGUCUGAUACAGUGAUUGCUUGCACUAGAGUAAAGCACACUACUGGUUGAGUCUUCUUCAUGCCUUUCUUGAAAAUAAUUUUUCUGUAAAAUGGAGUCAGACACUGUUUUAAAAUAUUUAAGUUACUAUAAAUAUAUUUAUAAUUGUUAUGGGAUUUUGUAUUAUUUUGAUGUUUUUUGUUUGAUGAAACCGUCCUGCUGUAAAAUGGUAGUAUUUGCGUUGCUCUCUUGAAUUCCUCCUCCCACCAAAAGAUGGAGCUAAAGUCAGAAAUGUUCAAAGCUUUCACACAACGCACAAAUUUGACCAUAACAAAUCUAAAAAUAAAAAUGAAUAAAUGCAUAAUUUUGAAUAAUAUCACUUGUAUGUCUUUGUGGCAGGCAUAUAUAGAGUCCAGGUGAACUUCUGUAAGACAAUACUGCAAUGUUUCACAGUAAUCUUUUUUUAAAAUUUGUACAUAAGAGAAAAUGCAUAAUCUGAAAGGUCACAAAUGCACAGAUCAGCAUCAUUUAAAGGAAUUUGACAUGUUUAUUUGUUAAAAAACUACAUAAAUGCGUUUGUCCUUAGUUUAUGGUCCGAGACUGAGUGAAAUCCAUCCAGAUAUUAUAACUGUGAUACAAGUCUGAAGUGCUAAAGGAAAAGCAAUGAAAUUGAAUGAGUUAAGUUGCUGCUGUUAUGAAUUAAUAAUACUUAUGUAAUUAAGUUAGAUGCCGAAGAAAAACAAAAAAAAACCCAUGGUUGUUGCAUUUUCUUUAUACAUACAUUCUUCUUUGAUACAACCCUCCUUUGAUCUUAAGUGUGUAUUGAAAUCGGCUCCAAAGGGGCACGAGAAAUGUGUCACUGCAAACACAACUAUGAAAUCUUUACAAUGACACUUGACAACGGCUAUAUGCUCCAACAUUAUUAAUUGAAAGCAUUUGGGUCUAGGAUCUAGACUAACAGUGGAUAACGUAUUUGAGCAACUAUAAUUCUCAAUCAUAAAACCUAUAUCUUCAGUUUAUUCAUGUAUAAAGAAUGUUUGAUUCUCAGUGUGCGAUCCCUACUGUACACCACAUUGCCUGAUUUUCCUUAUAUUGCACCUGUAAAGAGAAAACACAAAGAAAUGAUCUAUUUGACAAAUUCCUCCCGCUUCAACUCUGAUACACAGCAAACCAAAUGUUUUGUGAAUUUCAUUCGUCUGAAGUUUUGAGAAUUGAGAAAUUUGUUGAAAGCUAGAAAUCAGUUUUUCCACAAUCUGGUGUGCUGCAGUAAUCUUCAGAAUUAACAAAUAACCAUAUACUCUUGAUUUUUUUAAAGAUUGUCUUUAUGUCCUGUUUUGUCACUCGUAUUUCAUAACAAAGCUAUUUUUGCUGUAAAUAAUGAUGCCAAAUGCAGAACUGAAGGAAUAAAACAAUUCAAUUGUG